UCCACUUCCCCAGCAUCGUCAUAUCAGACAUUUUUUCUUUCAUUUAAGAAAACUUGAAGAAAAGGCAGACAUGAGUCUCUCUGGAAAGGACAAGUCCGUGGUGAAGGCCUUCUGGGACAAAGUGUCCCCGAAAUCCGCCGAGAUUGGAGCCGAGGCUCUGGGCAGGAUGCUGACUGUAUACCCGCAGACCAAGACCUACUUUUCCCACUGGGCGGAUGUGGGUCCUGACUCCGCACAGGUGAAGAAGCAUGGCGCUACCAUCAUGGCAGCUGUGGGAGAAGCCGUCGGAAAGAUCGAUGACCUUGUGGGUGGCCUCUCCGCCCUCAGCGAGCUGCAUGCCUUCAAGCUCAGAGUGGACCCUGCCAACUUCAGGAUCUUGGCCCACAACAUCAUCUUGGUUACGGCCAUGUACUUCCCCACCGACUUCACUCCUGAGAUCCAUGUCUCCGUUGACAAGUUCCUGCAGAACUUGGCUUUGGCUCUGGCCGAGAGAUACCGCUAAACUUUAUAGCGAUCCAGGAGCAUCGACUGCCUACAGCACAUGUGGCAUGUCGCUCACAAUAAUGUCAAGAUCCCUUUUCGAAAUGGAAGGGCUUGGUGAAUAAAUCGAAUAAAAGUGAAAUGUCCAGA